AAUGCUUUAUAAAUUUACAUUGAACGCAAGUUAAAUCCAACACCUGCGCGGAGGCGCGGGUCAAGAUCUAGUAACUUUUAAUUUUGAAGUUGUUGUCGUACAUGAUUAUGUGUGAAUAUGAUGAAUAUGCGUUUGUAUGUAUAAAACAAAAAAUAUAAAUAAUUAAACAGAACUUUUUCUAUUAAAAAUAAAAUAGUUGUAUAAAAAUCUAAAAGAAAAAACUAAUUAUAAAAUAAUUAAUUUCCUUUUUAAAAGUCUAAAUAAAAUGAAAAUAUAAAAUAAUCUUAUUUUUCUUAUAAUUAAAUAACUUUACUUUUUUAUAAUUUUGUGUUAAAAAAUAUAAACCAAAAUUAACUUCAAAUAUUUUACCUUAUAUGAUUGUGACAUUGUGUCAAUUAAAAAAUUAGAUUGUGAAUGUGUCAAUAAAAAUUGCCAUUACGUGAAAAUAAAUUCUUCUUUUCCUAAUAUCCUAAAUAAAAGAGAUUUAACCAAUUAUUAUUAUUUUUUAAAAAAAUCUUGAAAGAGAAAAUUGAAAAUUUUAUUUAAUAGUAACUUUUACUCAAAAUAGUUAAUGAUGAAAACAUGAUAGUAACAAAUAUUUAAUUAACAAAAAAAUGUAAAAAUAUUAGUGAUAUUGAAAAAAAUGAAUGCUUAAAAUGGCAACAUUUAAAAUAGUUAAUAUUAACUUAAAAUAAUUAUUUGAUAGAAAUUUUUUUUUUUUAAAUCCUAUACAAAAUAUAAUUGUAAAAGAUAUGUAAUAUGAACUUCCUUUUCUAAAACCCCAAAAAAAACUGUAAAAUAAUAUUUGAUAGUUGUUUUCUUUUUUUUUUUAUAAAAAAAAUUCUUAACAAAAGAAAUUUGUAUCAUAUUUUUAAGUUCUAACCAAAAGAGAAUCGUAAACAUUUAUUUGAUAUUAUUUUUAAUAGAGUAUUUGAGGAUGAACAUGAUACUAAAUAUUAUUUAAUCAACAAAAGAAGUGUAAAAUUAGUAUUGAUACAAAUCGUAAAAAAUAGUAAUUUUAGAAUUAUUUAUUAAUAACUAAAAAUAAUUAUUCGAUAGCAAUUGUUUUUUCCGAAAUGCUAAAGAGAAGAUCAUUGUAAUAGGUUAUGUGUUCUAAAAUAUUUAAAAAUGUUGUAAAAUAGUAUUUAAUAUUAGUUUGUUUUAUUUUUUUAAUUGCAAAUAAAAAGGAGAUUUAUUAAAUAGAAUUUUUUCCUUUUUAAAAAAAUCCUAACAAAAUAAAAUUUUAAAGACUUAUUUAAUAAAACAUUAGUUUAGUACAUAAGAACAUGUAUAAUGUUUUGACUUGAUUGGUGUAUUUGACUUUCAUUUAUUUUUACUUUUUCGUUCAAUUUUUUAUUUUGGGUUGUGUUCAGUUUAAACGUUUAUGUAUAAUAUUUUCUAUAAUCCUAAGUACAAAGUUCAUAACAAUUCAUAUUUGUACUAUAAUUAUAAAAUAUAAAUAUUAAUUUGAACUUAUGUAUGAAAACAAGUUUUAAUUAUAAAUUAAAUUUCAAACAACAUAGCCAAAAACAAUCAUAAAAUAAAUUUUUAUUAAAUUAAAAAUCAAACAAUAUUGCAACGGGUUCAUAUCUUGUAUUAAUAUAUUUUUUGGGGGGUCAACUUCUGAUAGUAUCUUUUUAAUCUAUAAAGAUCAUCCAUGGAAAUUAAUAAAGAAAAUAGUCAUUGGCUGCACGUAUUUUAUUCUUAAGUUUAUAAUAUUUUAUUUUAUUGGAACUAGUGUUUCUCCCUUCAAGAAAUGUUUAUUGGUUAACGUAAAAUAAUUGUCAACUGGAAGUAUGUUAAAAUAAGAGUAGCUUCAAUAAAAGUCUAAAUAAACAUUUGAGUUCUAAACUGCUUUUCUCGGCCUGAAGAAAGUCUCUAUUCAGGCUUUAAAUCUAAUGGAAGUCAACCACGGUGGCGGGAUGGCACUGACACUCGGUCCUAACUGGGCUGAGAUGACUCGGGAAUGUCUUCUGGACAUCUUCUCACGCCUUAGCCAGGAAGAAAGAUGGAUGGGACCGAUGCUUGUCUGCAAGACUUGGAUGAACACAUGCCAUGAACCGUCACUCAACACGAUCUUCGAUCUCGAAACUCGGUUUCAGUCAUUCCCGGAGUCCAUCAACUGGUGGAUUCCCGAGUUUGAAGACAAGGUUGAUGCCUUCCUCAGAUCCGUCGUUGACUGGAGCGAAGGAGGCCUCACAGAGAUUCGUGUCAGACACUGCACAGAUCGCUCUCUAUCUUACGUUGCUGAGAGGUGCCCUAAACUAGAGGUGCUUUGGAUUAAUAGCUGCCCUCACGUCACUGAUGCAUCAAUGGCAAAGAUAGCUUCAAACUGUCCAAAUCUUAGAGAGCUUGAUGUAAGCUACUCUUAUUGUAUAUCUCACGAGGCUCUGUCCAUGUUGGGGAGGCAUUGCCCGAACCUAGAGAUCUUAAAACGGAACCUGUUUCCUCGGCAAGGUCCCAACGUGUCUAUAAUUGUAGCGCCGGUUGAUUAUAUACUUGCAUUUCCAAGAUACGGUAACAUCGAGGCUCAAAUAAUAGGGAGACACAUGCCUAGGCUGAAGCACUUGGAGCUUCAAUACUGUACACUGACUGUUAAAGGCCUUACCUCGGUUUGUAAAGGAUGUUCCGACCUAGAGUACUUGGACUUAUCCGGGUGUAUAUCAUUGACAAACAGUGAGAUAACGAGAUGUGCCUCGAGCUUGAAGAAUUUGUUGGAGAUCAAGAAGCCUGACUUCAACCGCCGGUUGAUAUUUUACUCCUUCCAAAUUGAAGAAAAUAAUGGUGAUGCUAAACUUUACUUGUUUAUGGUUCCUUUUGUGUUAUUUUGAUGAUGUUAUUUGCUUAUUGUUGUUGAUGAGAAGAGAGUUGGUUUUCCUUGUGUGCUAAGAAACCACCUCUUCUGCUUUCCUAUAAUUCUCUUGUUGUAACGACUUGCUUCUUGUAUUUCUCUACUUAAAGCAAUGAAAAAGAGGCCAUUUCGAUUGCCAAAUAAAAGUAGCUUUCAACCCAAGUAACCCAAGCAUAGCU